ACUUUUGGUCCUAUUGGCUUUUCUUUAUGGAUCAAUCUCUUUAAUAGCUGUACUAGGAAAUGUUAUGGUUAUGUUUGUGAUUUUUAGAAACAAGAAAAUGCAGUCCAUUACCAACAUUUUCAUUGCCAACCUUGCAUUUGCUGAUGUCAUCAUUGGAGUGUUUUCCAUACCAUUUCAAUUCCAAGCUGCUUUACUUCAGCGCUGGGUUGUACCAUAUUUCUUGUGUCCUUUGGCGCCAUUCAUCAAAAACCUGUCCGUGUGUGUGUCUGUGUUUACCUUGACAAUCAUUUCCAUAGAUAGAUACAUAGCUGUAAUGUAUCCUCUUAAAGCAGGCAUACAAAUGAAAGUGGCUGUAUUGCUUCUUGUAAAUAUUUGGUUAUUUGGAAUAAUCUCAAGUUUGCCUAACUUGAUUUUCUUCAAGGUCAUCUUCGUUCCUGAUGAGCCAUUCCUGGACCAGAUGAAACCAUUUUGUUCACAUGCCUACCCCUCCGAAAUGUUUAGGAGCCUUCACAUAUAUUUUCUUUUUAUCAUCCAGUACGCACUGCCUCUGGUGGUUAUAAACAUUACAUACUUUCGUAUUGUGUAUAGAAUAUGGGGGACGAAAGCUCCAGGACAAUCUUUGGAUAGACAGGAAGUAACCAGAACAAGGAAUCGUAAAAAGGUUGUGAAAAUGCUUAUCAUCGUUGUAUGCCUAUUUGUAUUAUCUUGGAUGCCUUUGCAUAUCUACCAAGUAUCAUCUCAGAUAGAGCCGGAUAUAAACAAAUACGAAAAUAUUCAUAUAAUAUGGUUCUGCUGUAACUGGCUAGCCAUGAGCAACUCUUGUUAUAAUCCUUUUGUCUACGGUCUACUCAAUUCAAAGUUCAAACGAGAAUACCAGAAACUACUGCCAUACUGCUCUUUUUGCAAGCGUCAAGAUCAAGAUUUAGCAGACUAUUCAGAUGAAAGUGCUGGAAGCAUGCACAGAUCUCAACUCAUUAGAACGCAUGUCUCCUCUCUCAAAACCGGAAGUUUUCAACAAAGAGUACAUGGUAGAAGAAUGGUCAGCUUUAAAAGACCAUUUACAAAUACUACUGAACUGUAG